AGUGUACUAUAAUAUAAUAAUUGAAGUUUAAUUUCACCCAUUAUGCACUGAAAUGAUGAAAAUUAGCACAUCUGAUAUGGCGCGCGAUCUGCAGUAUUAAUCUCUUAUUAAUUGUGCAUAAUCGACAUAAAAUCCGUUCACAACUGAUUAAAGUUUUGCUACGAUAACUUUCAGCAGACGGCUUUUAAUUUGAAAAGGACAGCGGUCCUGUUGUCAGGAGUAUGACAUUGCUGACGGCCAUAUUUCAGUUUUUUGGGUUUCGAAAAGAAGCUUUACCACAGCCUCGUAAAUUUUACUUGCUUCCCAGUAUUAUUGACGGUGGAAUAGCAGGUAUAGUAGGUUUAACGGCAACAUAUCCACUUGAUUUAUUGGUAACGCGCUUGCAAAGCCAGCAAGUUCACCCAGACGGAACGAAAAUGUACAACGGUAUGAUCGAUUGCAUUUAUAAAACAUAUAAAAGUGAAAAAUUGUUGGGAUUGUACAGGGGCUAUUUAGUCAGUGUUAUGUUUACAGCUUGGGAGAAGGCAAUUUUUUUAACAUCGAAUGACUUUUUUUGUGAUUGGUUUAUUAAAAAAAAUAUAUUCCACGAUCUGACCUUCACAAAUCAAGUUGUUUCUGGUGCUAUAGCUGGCGCAUCACAAGUAGUGGUCACAAAUCCAAUGGAACUAAUAAAAAUUAAAAUGCAAAAUCUCGAUGCAGCAAAAGCUAGUUUUGAUAAAAAAGGAAAAGUUUUAAAACCAUGGACAACGUGGCAGAUAACAAAAAGAGUUGUACAGCAUAAUGGCAUAUGGGGCUUUUAUCAAGGUAGUCAUUUGACUAUAUUACGUGAAGUAAUAUUUUCAGUUGUUUACUUUCCGCUUUUUGAAACACUAAAUGACUUGUGCCCUCGCAAGGGCCCAAGAUCAGAUGAUGCUGAAUCUUGGUGUUCAUUUGUGGCUGGAGUUGCAGCAGGUUCUGCAGGGGCUUUUGUUGCAACGCCUGUUGAUUUAAUAAAAACGCGUUUACAAGCGGCGGAUCAAGCGUCAAAAAUAAAAAAGUAUACUGGCUCCUUGGACUGCAUAAGAAAAACUUAUAGGCUAGAGGGCAUACUAGCAUUUUUCAAAGGUGGACUUUGUAGAGUUAUAUUGAUUGCACCACUAUUUGGUAUCGCACAGAUGGUUUAUUUCUUUGGAAUAGGCGAUUACCUUGUUAUGAAAUUUAAUCUGCCAAAGUUUUAAUUAGUUAACUUUUAAGUGCAUAUAAUUCAAGGAAACCGCUUUCUUUAUACAUAAACCAUCUUAAGUAAAAAUUUUGAAAUACCAGAAUAUAUCAAAAACAUUUAUAUUAAUAAA